AUCCAGUGUCAGGCAAACCCAACAGCAGGUCGCGACUUCCCUGUCAGCUCCAGAAGGAACCGGGUCUGCGAACAGGAGCCGGGAGGAGCGACGCCGAGCUUUUACCUUAAACGUUACACCUUUCAGGAGUCAUUAGGCUACGAAAUACUUCCUACCUUUGCUUUUAUUUUCUCCGCCGAAACGCGACAAGCGGCACUUUGGGACCCGCAGGAGAACGGAUUUGUGGAGUGUUUUUAAAGCGACUCACUCAGGCGUUCAGUUUGCCAAGUUGCUUUCUGCUCACCUUAACAUGGCUGCAACGACGUGCACCAGGUUUACCGAUGAGUACCAGCUGUACGAGGAGCUGGGGAAGGGGGCUUUCUCUGUGGUGAGACGGUGCAUGAAGAUUUCCACAGGGCAGGAGUACGCUGCUAAGAUAAUCAACACCAAGAAGUUGUCUGCCAGGGAUCACCAGAAGUUGGAGAGAGAGGCCAGGAUCUGCCGCCUGCUCAAGCAUCCCAACAUUGUGCGGCUCCAUGACAGCAUAUCAGAGGAAGGAUUCCACUAUCUGGUCUUUGACUUAGUUACCGGUGGGGAAUUGUUUGAGGACAUUGUUGCCAGGGAGUACUACAGCGAAGCUGAUGCCAGUCACUGCAUACAGCAGAUUCUAGAAAGUGUAAAUCAGUGCCAUGUAAAUGGCAUAGUGCACAGGGACCUUAAGCCAGAGAAUUUACUCUUAGCCAGCAAGUUGAAGGGGGCAGCGGUUAAACUGGCAGAUUUUGGCCUGGCUAUUGAAGUGCAGGGAGAGCAGCAGGCAUGGUUCGGUUUUGCCGGUACACCAGGGUACCUGUCUCCAGAGGUGCUGAGGAAAGAUCCAUACGGCAAGCCAGUGGACAUGUGGGCCUGUGGUGUGAUCCUCUACAUCCUCCUGGUGGGAUAUCCUCCAUUCUGGGAUGAGGACCAGCACAGACUAUACCAGCAGAUUAAAGCUGGGGCUUAUGAUUUCCCUUCUCCUGAGUGGGACACAGUGACUCCAGAGGCCAAAGACCUGAUCAACAAGAUGCUGACCAUCAAUCCAGCCAAGAGAGUGACUGCCACAGAUGCACUCAAACACCCCUGGAUCUGCCAACGCUCCACUGUGGCGUCCAUGAUGCACAGACAGGAGACUGUGGAGUGCCUGAAGAAAUUCAACGCUAGAAGGAAACUCAAGGGUGCUAUCCUGACUACUAUGCUGGCCACUCGCAACUUCUCAGCAGCCAAGAGCCUGCUGAACAAAAAAGCGGAUGGCAUCAAGAUCAACAACAAGGCCAAUGUGGUCACCAGCACCAAAGAGCCUGCCCCCACUCCUUCUCUGGAGCCUCAAACCACUGUUAUCCACAACCCAGCUGAUGGAAACAAGGAGUCCAGUGAGAGUGCCAAUACCACCAUUGAGGACGAGGACGUGAGAGCUCGUAAGCAGGAGGUCAUUAAAGUCACCGAGCAGCUGAUCGAGGCCAUCAACAACGGCGACUUUGAAGCCUACACGAAGAUCUGUGAUCCCGGCCUCACGUCCUUCGAGCCGGAGGCCUUGGGCAACUUGGUGGAGGGCACCGACUUCCACCGCUUCUACUUUGAGAAUGCUCUGUCCAAGGGGAAGCAGCCCAUCCACACCAUCCUGCUCAACCCCCACGUCCACCUGAUCGGGGACGAGGCCGCCUGUAUCGCCUACAUCCGCCUCACCCAGUACAUCGACAGCAACGGCAUGCCUCGCACCAUGCAGUCAGAGGAGACCCGCAUCUGGCACCGCCGCGACAGCAAGUGGCAGAACAUCCACUUCCACCGUUCCGGCUCGCCCACUGUGCCCACCAAUUGAGACGACCAUCUUUGACUACAUACACCCUCCAGCCUACAACAGACCCCGCCUACCAAGUGUCCAUCAGAUCCCUCAGCCAAUCCUAGCCCCCGACAGCUAGAGCUCCGCCCCCUCAGUGUGUUGUUUACAUAUUGUCCCUGCUGGACUGAACAUUAUUGUACAUGAUGAAAAAAAAAACCCAGAGGGGAAAACUUCAAGUCUUGAUUUCAUUGACAACAUUUUGUAGUGAGAGUUUGGUGUUCAUUACAGGAGUUUUUUAGAUCAGUAUGUUUUCAAUAGAAGUGGUUUCAGAGGAGCCAGUGGUUGAUUCAUUAUUAAUGGGCUGGUGAAAUAUGUGAAACUUCCAGUGACAGUUUUUCAUUUGAAUAUUGCACAUAUUGAGGACACACAAGCUCUUGUGAUGUUUUUGCCUUUUGGCACGAUGACCAAUAUAUCACAUAUCUGCUUUUUACUCAUGUAUCCUUUCAGAGUUGCCAUCUAUUAAAGGCCAGGCACAAGCUUGCUCUUGUUUUGGUGAUGUAUAAGUUUUGGUAAUUGAUGUAAAUCGCUCGCUCUUUGCUUAAUCUUUAGCAGUAGCCAUUUGAACCGAGUUGGCUCAUUUUAAAAAUCUGUUUUCUGGUUUGCCACUGGCACCAAGUAUGUUUACUCUGAAUUUUAACUACAUGUUUAAAAGGGAAAAUCAAUUGAAACAUAUGUUUUACCACGUCUGUUUGGAGCUCCAUCAAGAAUGUAUAGACUAUAGACGUACAUAUAAUUCUUAAGGGGUAUUCUGUGACUUUUCAGUCAAAUCAUAUUUUCAUACAGUAAGGAACUAAUUAUGUGAAUUGUAUCUGCUAUUUUGUUGUUUACUUUUGAAAUUGUGAUGUUGAUGCCUGUCCCUCCAUUUCUCAUUAUUAAUGCUUUCCUUUAAGCCAUUUCAACUUUGAUUGAGUCCCACCUUGAUUCUAUGUAUGACUGGUGUACGCCAAUGUUUUUACGCUGGACAACACUAAAGUAGAGUCAGAAUGCUGCCACUUACAAGAAAGCCAAAUCUGUUCUGGAAGUAAGUUAGCCAUUCAUUUUUGUCAUGAGAGAAUUUGAGUUUUAGCCAGAAUAACUGACCAUUAAAUCACCGUUUUAGUUUUGUUACUCUAUUAUGUUAUUUGAGUGUCACUGUUAAAUGAAAAGGGAUUGUUGGCAUCACUUGCAGAUUUAUAUUUAAUGGUUCAUAUCUGAAAAACACUUUGAUUAGGGUGUUGUAAAAUGUAAGCGGGAGAAAACUAAUGGGGGAAAGGUUUGAUGAUAUAGUCACAGGGGCUUACAGUUGUGUUUUACAUAUUGAGGUUUUUUUGCUUCUAAAAAAAAUUCUUUUGUUUAAUCACAUUUGUCCCUCACACACCACUCUUUUUUUCUAUCUUUCUAAGAUGCAUUGACAUUCCAGAUGGGACACUGGUAUGUAAUGUGACCAUGAUGGGACAAUCCUGAUGUAUGUUUUAGUAUUACAAUAAAAUGUGUGAUUUCUGCCAAAUGA